AGCAGCGUCGCCCCUAGUAUCGCGAAUUCGAGAUGCGCCUUACCAGUCACGACAUCUUUAUACUAUCUUGCAUAUUGCUAUUAUAUAUACGUCAAUUGGAGAUAUUUAUAUAAGGUCCGGUAUUGGAAGUUCUAUAUUUAUUGAAAUACGCUUUCCUCGUGUGAACUUGACAAUUCAUCCUCAUCUACGUCUCAUCGCCCGUGCAUUCUAAAUAAACAAUGGCGCCAUUAGCUACCGAAGUCGUUUCUCCAAUUGCUGAGCAUAUUAAGCAGAAGGUCAUUCCUGACGCCCAGAAGGAAACGCAAGAGAGCCCAAAGGUGGAAAGUUCUCUCGCGGUCGGCGAGACGAGCUUAGAAGACGAGCCACCAAAGCUUGAGACGAACCACAAGGAGCCCUUGAAACUAAGCGGUGCUCUAGACCAGUUUAAGCAGUUUGAUGUCACACCCGUGAUUGGAAAGGAGUUCAUAGAUGUAGACUUGGCCGAAUGGCUGCGAGCCCCUAAUUCGGACGAACUCAUCCGCGACCUUGCUAUCACAGUAUCUCAGCGCGGUGUGGUUUUCUUCCGCAAACAGGACAACAUUACCAACGACCUGCAAAAGGAGCUGGUACAGAGGCUUGGUGAACUAUCCGGCAAGCCGGCUACCUCCAAGCUACACAUCCACCCCAUAAUCAACUCCAGUCGCGAGCUCGGUGGACGCGACGACGAGAUCAGCACUAUCUCGUCGCAACAAGCCAAGAAGAUCUACUCUAAGAAAGAUAUAUGGUCUGAGAAAAAGCAGACGCAGAAGAAUCAAUGGCACUCGGAUAUCACAUUCGAGCCCAUUCCUAGCGAUUAUGCGCUUCUAAGGCUUACUGAGCUACCCAAGACUGGAGGCGACACUCUCUGGGCCUCAGGCUACGAGCUUUACGACCGGAUCUCGAAGCCGUUACGAGGCUUCCUAGACACAUUAACAGCGUACUACGCACAGCCAGCCUUCAACGAGGCAGCAGAUCGCAACAACUUCAAGAUAUACUCCGCACCGCGCGGUGCGCCCGAGAACGUAGGCGAGGUCCUGGAAGCCGUGCACCCGGUAGUGCGCACGAACCCCGUGACCGGGUGGAAGAGCGUAUUCGCCGUCGGCCACCACGUCAAACACAUCCACGGGCUAUCCGAGGACGAGUCGCGCAGCUUCCUAGACUGGUUCGUCCAGCUUAUCGUCGAGAACCACGAUCUCCAGGUCCGCUUCCGCUGGCAACAGCCCAACGACCUGGCCAUCUGGGAUAACCGCAGCGUCUACCACGCCGCUACGCCGGAUUACCUCAACCAGGGGCUUGGUGAGCGCUCGGGUUACCGCGCGGUGAGCUUGGGUGAGAAGCCUUACUUUGACCCUAAGAGUAAGAGCCGCAGGGAGGCUCUGGCUGCUGCGGCGGCGUAGUGUGUUAGCCUUAUACUCAGUUAGCGAGGUUAUUAAUAUAAGUCAGUUAAUAUUGUUUAAAUGUCUUGAUUAUUGAAUAUAUGUAAUUGAGGCUGAAUCAAUUUGAUUAAUUGCAUGAU